AUGGCCCUACAACUCACUCUUCUAUUCGCUUCUUACUUUAGUAUUUAUCAUUCAAAUUCGCUUUUUGUACAUUCCAAAUCCACGAAAGCUUUCUAUGCAGACUUUGAUGUUACUAAACUCCCGAAUGGAGCCAUAUAUCCAGACUCUCCUCUCUUUGCAAACAUUUUCUUUAAGAAUGGCACCAUGACCCAGUUUGCUAAGGACUUUGCAGCGAACAAGUACGUUUGGAAUGAAGACUUUUGUUUACUUGAUUCGGACGGUGAUGGACUAACCAAUGGUGAUGAGUUGGGCGAUCCAUGUUGUUAUUGGUCUUCGGGUAAUCCAGCAUCCAGAAGAUAUCUCUUGAGUGAGUUGAGUGACCCAUCCGAUAAUUCAAGUAUUGCAAAUUUUGCCUCUGCUACAAAUGUUUCAGUGGUGGAAGGUUUAGUGGCUAUACCAACUCAUUUCAGUAUUGAAUUGAAGUGGAAGUUGUCCAACGAUACUACGAAUCUUGUUUGCUACUAUCAAAUCCAAAUGUCAACAUUGAAUGCCUUGGGAUAUACUACUGUCAUGUACAAGACACAUAAUGCUAAUUCCUAUACAAGAUACAAUUUGGAUCAGAACACAACUUAUUCUUUCAGAAUUUUGCCUUAUAACAAGUUCAAAGGUUAUUCAUGGUACGGUGUAGGAAAGCAAUCCAUAAUAUUCGCAAAAACCUCAGUAGAUCCAUAUGGACAGGGUAUUGGGGAUGAUUGCCCAUCAAAUGUAAUUACAUGGUCGGAAUUAUCCUCAAACCAAACAAUAUUCAAUUUUACCUCACAAGUGAUUGUUACCACAACCACUAACUUUACCGUUUGUACCAACCAAAGUUCUGUUCAACAGGUAAAUGUGUCACGCACAGAAUACGAGUGUCAGUACCACUACUUUAUCACUGAAUGCACAAAAUCAAACAGCACGGAAUCUGGUCUCAACAUUACCAUCUGUAACACCACUGCAGUGACAGUGGAUGAUUUGUGCGAUUGGUUUUAUGAUUGUGAGUUUCCAUGUGACUACAAUACUACAGAGAAUUGCACAACCCAAAUCACAAACUGUGAUGAGUUUACGUACCAAGAGCCUGAUUGCAUCAAUACCACAAUCACAAGAACCUAUGAUUGCUUCGAAAGAACAGUUAAUACCACGAGAGAAACAAAUACAACCUCUAUUGUGUGCAGUGAAACAUCAAUAUCAUCAAACACUUCGCGAAAUGUCUUUACAAUUCCAAAUAAUUACACAGUUAUAUUGGAUACAAGUUCUCCUAUGCUUCAGGAUGUUCAGGUGUUUGGAUGCUUAAUUUUUAGUGACGAAAUAGAUAUUGAAAUGCAUUUUGAAACGAUGGUUGUGACAGGAUUGCUUCAAAUUGGAAACGAGACUCAUCCCUACAAACACAACGCUACAAUAACUCUGCAUGGUCAAAAGAAUGAAUUCAGUGAAAAAGGUUUAGGAAACAAAAACAUCGCAAUCACAAGUGGAGGGGUAUUGAGUCUUCAUGGUAAACCUCAUCAAAUUACGUGGACACUUUUACAAAAAACCACUAAAGUUGGAGAUACCAUUAUUUCAGUCAUUCAGGAUACUAUGUGGGAUGUUGGUGAUGAAAUUGUGUUAGCCUCCACUGACUAUGAUAUGAAUCAAGCAGAAAGAAGGACAAUAAUCAGACGAUUUAACGGCACAACCUUUGAACUGCACACUCCUCUUCUCUACAGUCAUUAUGCAGAUACAGAAUACUACACAAAAUCUAACGGUACAGUCGUGGAGUUUGAUCAAAGAGGAGAAGUUGGUCUGCUCACUCACAACAUUCGCAUUCAAGGAGAUCAAGAUAGUGACUUUACAUUAUUUGGAGGUCAUACGAUUUAUAUGAAAACAUCCAAAUACAUCAAAUUGAACAACGUUGAGUUUAGAAGAAUGGGUCAGGCUGGUGUAUUGGGCCGCUACCCAGUUCACUUUCACAUGUUUGGAAACGCUUCUACCUCUUACAUCAAAAAGCUAAGCAUUCAUGACACGUACCAACGAGCUGUAACUUUUCACGGAGUUCAUGGUUUGCAUGCAGAAGGUAUAGUUGCAUAUAACAACUUUGGACACGCGUUUUUCCUUGAAGAUGCAGUUGAAGAAGGAAAUUUAAUCGAAAACUGCUUAGGUCUUGUCACAAAAGCCAUUCCUGAUUCAAGAGCUAUUCUUACUCCCACAAAUUUUGAUUCUUCUCCAGCAACGUUCUGGAUGACAAAUCCUAACAAUAUCCUCAUUAAUAAUAGAGCUGCAGGUUCUGCAGGUUCAGGAAUAUGGUAUCAACUAGAGCCAUAUAGUCUUGGGCCAAACAUGUCGCCUUACAUUCAACCUCGCAAGUGGUACUGGGGUAAAUUCUUCAACAACACUGUUCACUCUAAUGCUAUUCAUGGCCUGAAUCUAUGGCACGAUUUCUUUGUUUGCACAGAUCCAAGAUUGGAGAUUUUUAAAGGAAUUUAUUGUGGAACUAAAGAAAAUCCUUGGGCAGUUGCUGAAUUCACCAAGUUGGUGUCCUUUAGAAAUAGACAGCAAGGUCAAUUUGCUUAUGUGCAAGGAGAUAUUAGAAUGAAAGACAGUAUCUAUGCAGAUAAUCCUAUUGGGUACACCUUCAACGUUAUUCAUCAAGAUUCUUUUACAGUUAAAGAUUGUAUUUUUAUUGGAGAAUCUAACAAUAGAGGUAAUACCAAUAAUUGUCAAAACGGAUGUUAUAGAUGUGGUAACGACUACAAAAAUCUCAAUUCUACAUAUAAUCGGUCCUUUGCUAAUUACAGAAGCCAACCCAUUGUUGGAAUUCAAUUUCAUAGAGAUGGCAAGCCCUUACUUUUGGACGGUGUUGAAUUUUUCAAUUAUGUCGACAAUUGUGACAGAAGAGCCAAUGCAUUAGAUAUCAAAAACGAUGUUAUGGCUCAAAUGGAACAAGGUGACUACAAAGUGAAAAACUUGAAAUUCCAUAAUUCUAACAUUCUUUAUCUACUAGUUGGAAAAUCAAGUUAUUUAGUUGACAAUUAUAAGCAUGCAAUAAUUAUCGAUUUGGAUGGCUGUCUGUCCAAUUCAUUAACCCUUCCUUCCGGAUUUAAUCCAAUUAAUGCCAGAAUUAUUCCUGCCAACCUUAUUAUGGUAAAUUUCGAAAAGUGCUUCUAUGUCAAUGUAUGGAAUGCUUAUAUAUGCGACCAAUCUGUGAACUGGUCUAACUUUGAUGUAACUACUCCGGCCAUAACUAACAGCGUCGACUCUACUCGUGUGAACUCGACAAACGGUUUUUAUGAAGACCUCCAAGGUCAACUUACAUCAGGUGGAGAAUGGAGGUACAGAGGUCGUUUUCUUGAUAACAGCGCAUUUAAUUACACCUUUGAAUGGCUUGGUAAAGUUGGAACUCCAGAAAAGAUCAAUUUAAUUUGGAAAGGUACAAACCCUAUUACUCUAACUUUGAAGAUUACCAUGUGGGGCCCAGUUAGCAUUAACAUUGUGACGAACAAGGAAGAGCUGAUUCUUUCUCCUUCAAAUAGAACAGAUGGCUCAGCAACCUACAAUUGCAAAACGAACACCGUUUCUCUUACAGUUCAAUCUUCCUCAACACUUUUUAUUAAGGACGCUACCUACGUACCUCCUGAACUUGAUUGCAUCACUUUUGACAACUCUUUGUGUUCCAACUUUUCAAACUGUGGUGGACCUAAAAGAGGCAAAUGUGUUGGACUGAAUGAGUGUGUAUGUCGGUGGGGAUGGACGGAGUCUGAUUGUUCAACAUAUCAUUGUGCUCAUCGUGAUUGGUGUGGUGGUCAUGGUACAUGCAUUGGUCCUAAUAUUUGUAGAUGCUUCCCUGGAUUCGCUGGAACCAUGUGUAACAAAAUUGAAGAGUUUGAAUUAUUCAAUCGAGUACUAGCCUUUGGAGAUAUUCACAUCAGAACACUCGACAAUCAAAAUUAUACUUUUAACUCUGUAGGGGAGUUUUAUUUAUACAAAUCUCAAGAGUUUUCUUUACAGGGUCGAUUGAAACAAUGUACUCCAACCUCCAAAACUUCAUGCAUGAAAGCUAUUUCGUUUUCGAAUGGAAACGAUACUGUCGUUGUGACGUCUGAUGGAAAAUCAAAGGUGCUAGUAUAUGUUAAUCAAGCCUUAGUUGACCUUUCUAAAACCACAGUCAAUAUGGUUGGCAUUGAGCAAAACUCAACUUUCAAAAUUCCAUCUAAUUUACAAACGUUUUAUGAUCAGAUCAAGUAUCAGCGAGAUCCUGAUACCAAUGAAAUCCCCGUUCUUCCAAAAGAAUCUCUUCAAUAUAAGCCUCCUGCACAAGCAAUUUAUGUGCUCAAUGGUGGAGCUACUAUUGUAGAAGAACAGGAUACUUCUAAUUUUGUGUACAGCGAAAAUGGUACAGUGAUUCCUUUCAACGUUAUUGUCAUCAAAUUUUCUGUAGGUUUUAAAGGCCAGAUACGUUUGAAAAACGACGGUGUUGGAUGGUUGAGUGUUUCGUUUUCCCCUUCCAAGGACACAAAUUACACUGGUAGUGAACGUGGUGGUUUGUAUGGCACUUUAGAUAGCAAUCCUAAUAAUGAGUUUACAUUAAGGAAUGGAUUUGUUCUCACAACUCCUUCAGCACUUGAGGUUCACAGUAUAUUUGGAGAAAGUUGGAGAGUUCCCAAAACUGAGUCUAAAUUUUUCUACACUCCACCAGAAUCCUAUGAAUCCCUAAAUCCAACUGAUUUUGUUCCAGCAAUGACUGCGACUACUGACAAUAAGACGCUUCAAGAAUUAGCAGAGAGAGUUUGCAGUAAUUUAGGAUUGACUGCUGAAUUCUAUGAAUCAUGCCUUUUUGAUGUGAUACAAACAGGUGACGUUGAAUUUGCAAAAGCGAGUGCUGGUGCGGCUGCCCAAGACCAAUGUGAAACCAACUCUACUGCAUGUCAGACUUUCACUUGUCCCAAUUUUUGCAAUCUUCAUGGAAAGUGUACCACUGGUAAAUGUUAUUGCGAGAUUGGUUGGACUGGUGAUGAUUGUGGAACUGUGUCAAACAUUUUACAGCUUAUUGGAAUUAUUAUUGGAAGCAUUUUGGGAUCUAUUUGUGUCAUUUUAUGUUUGUGUGUUUGUGUUUCUUGUUCUCUUUAUGGAUUCUCCAAACGACAAAAGAGGAUCAAAAGAUUUUUCAGAAUGGUCAGCAUUGUUCCAACUCAAUUUAACAAGGAAGAUGAGCUAACUGACAUGGACUUUGAUGUUCAAAACAUUCACAUGUCUGACCCCAAUUACGGGGAGUUGCUGUUCACUAAGAAGCGAUAA